AACACAUUUCCUCUCCUGACCUUUUACAUAACAACUACAAGAACCUUUCGAUAUUUCGCUACUCAACGAAAGAAGCCACGCUAUCUCACACUUGGGUUUACGAACGAUUUGUGCCCAGGCAUCAAACGUUCUAUCACUACCACACACAAUGACGAAGCUCUUCAUUACAGGUGCCACUGGCUAUAUCGGAGGCGACGCUCUUUACGCAGUAGCUAACACCUUCCCUGAUCUUGAGAUCACAGCACUUGUCCGAAACAGCGACAAAGGUGCAAAGGUUGCAGCUCAGUAUGCCAAAGUUCGGCUGGUUUACGGCGACCUGGACAGCACUGAGCUACUUACCACUGAGGCCUCCAAGGCCAACAUCGUACUUCACUGCGCCGACUGCGAUCAUGUAGGCGCUGCUACAGCUCUGGUUGCAGGUCUUUCCAAGAGUACCAUACCCGGCCCAAGCUACCUCAUCCACACCUCAGGUACCGGUGUGCUAUCAUGGGCCGAUUUUGAGGAGAAGACCUAUGGAUACCACCGCGAGCACACCUACGAUGACUGGGACGGCAUCAAGGAAGUCACAUCCCUUCCUGACGCAGCACUCCACCGCAAUGUCGACAAGAUCGUACUGGAAGCCAGCAAGGGCGCAGGUGAAAUCAACACAGCCAUCGUCUGCCCGCCAUGCAUCUACGGACCUGGACGUGGCCCAGACAACCAAAACAGUGUUCAAGUUUACAAGUACUCUGCGGCUACACUGAAGCGCGGCAAGGGCUUCAUCAUCAACGAGGGAGCCAACAUCUGGACUGAGUCACACGUCCAGGAUCUCAGCAAUAUUUUCCUUGCGCUCGUCACUUCGGCCAUGGAGCCUAACGGUGGCAAGGCAACAUGGAAUGACGAAGGCUACUACUUCUCCGAAACUGGUACCUUUGCUUGGGGUGACGUCGGGAAUGCCAUCGCAAAGAUCGCUCACGAGAAGAAAUUGAUUAACACAGCCGAGGUCGACACGAUCACCGCUGACGAUGCGGACAACCUGAUCCCAAUGGGCAGCUACCUGUGGGGUACAAACUCUCGAUGCAAGGCCCAGCGUGCCAGCAAGGUAUUGGAUUGGAAGCCACAACAGAAGAGUUUGAUGGAUCUGCUACCUGGUAUCGUUGAAGGCGAGGCCAAGAAACUAGGUCUGAUCAAGGGCCACGCCGUGAAAGCUGCUGGAGACGCCUAGGAGGAGGUGCUUGAUGCUAUAGAAGCCGGGCAGGUUCCCGCUACCUGGGGAGAAGCCUACAGAAUUAAAGCUGCUGCCGCAGAAUUGAAGCGAGCUGUGGGUGAGUCGUUGCCUAGCAAGAUCUAGCUACUUCGCACUUUUGUUCUUAUUCAGAUUGGACCUAUGGAUGUAAAGGAUCAGGCGGUUUGGUUCAUGAACUCCAUUGAAUUUCAAAUGCUAUCGUUAUGCAACAUGAAGGUCAAAAGCGACCUGGUAUCUCAAUCUCUAUCUACAUUCUAC